AUGCCGGAAUCCCAUCAGUUCACACACAGCGCGCGCAGCCGCCGGUCCUCUAUUGUCGUCGGCUCAUACCGCUCCAGUUUCUUUGACCCCCAGGACAAUCUCCUCCACCGGACAGAGCGCAGACCUUCCUCGUCCAGCGUGCUUGUGACCGGGUUUGUGGACCCCGACUUGCUCAACGAGGAGGUCUCCCUCCUUCGUGACAACAACAUCAACCUCCCCGCAAGCGUAGAACACCACGGCGCGUUCUACGGCGCGGUUCGCGAAGAUGACGCCGCCGCCACGGACGUAGCGGAUGCGUGGGAGACAUCGGUUGCAGCCCACAAGGUGGUGACAUCCACGCGGCGCGAGUUCUACGUGCUUGCCACGUCGGCCUUCCCCCUUAUCGUUACCUUUCUCCUCCAGAACUCUCUCACAAUGGCCUCCGUCUUCUCCGUAGGCCACAUCGGCUCACAAGAGUUGUCAGGGGUCACACUCGCGAGUUUGACCGCCAGUAUCACGUGUAUCGCAGCCAUUCAAGGUCUUGCCACCUGUCUCGACACGUUGUGUCCUGAAGCGUAUGGCUCUGGAAACCUCCGGUUGGUUGGCGUCUACUUCCAGCGGUGCACGGCAUUGAUCCUCACAGCCUAUGUGCCGGUAGCACUCCUGUGGUGGAUAUACGCGGAGCGCGCGUUGGUGUACAUCGUUCCGGAAACUGAGGUGGCGAUUUUGAGCGCCCGCUACCUCAGGGUCAUCUCCCUCGGGAUGCCUGGAUACAUCUUUUUCGAGACAGGCAAGCGCUUUUUGCAGGCGCAGGGAAUUUUCAACGCGUCAACCUCCGUGCUUUUUGUCGUCGCACCCCUUAACAUUUUGCUCAACUAUACGCUUGUGUGGAGCCCCGCCUUCGGCAUAGGCUAUAUCGGCGCGCCAGUUGCCGUUGCCAUCAGUUACUGGGCCAUGGCCAUUGGUCUCCUUGUCUUUACCGUCACCACUAAGAGCGCCAUCAACCCUCUCAAGUGCUGGGGCGGUUUCUCGCUCGACGAGUGCUUCCGCAAGUGGUCCGUGUUGUUCGGACUUGCGCUCCCGGGUGUGGUUAUGAUCGAGGCCGAGUUCCUCGCGUUCGAGUGUCUCACGCUCAUGGCGUCGCAUCUCGGCAGCGCCAACUUGGCAGCCCAGUCAAUUAUUGCCACCCUCACCUCCCUUGGUUACCAAAUUCCCUUCUCCGUCUCCGUCGCAAGCGCCACGCGCACGGCCAACUUCAUCGGCUCUGGCAUGCCGCAGUCUGCUGCCAAGACAGUGUCAGUGUCUAUUCUCUUUGGCGUUGCAAUCUCCAUCGCCAAUGUGGCACUCUUCUACUUCGGCCGCGGCUUUAUCCCGCACUUGUUCACAAAUGACUCCGAGGUUGCGCAGAUCGUCAAGGAUCUUUUGCCGCUUAUCGCAGUCCUCGAGUUCUUUGACGCAUUGGCGACCGUCUCUGGUGGCUGCUUGCGCGGCGAGGGCAUGCAGAAGAUCGGCUCGUGGCUCAAUCUCGCGGGGUAUUACCUCAUCGGUAUCCCCUUGGUUGUGCUCUUCACCUUCCGCUGGGGUUGGGGCUUGUACGGCUUGUGGGUCGGUAUUUUGAUCGGCUUGGCCUUGAUUGGCAGUCUCCUGGUCUGGUUCGCCGUCACCGCAAAUAUGAACGAGCUCGUGGCGAGGGCAAGAAGUCGCAAUGAGAACAGUGUAUAG